CAAUUUACCUUUAUUUCAAUAAACUCGUUUUUAUUUCGAUUUACAUAAUUAAAUGUAAUCAUAAUAUAAAUAGAAUAAAGUAAUGUCAAUUGUCAUUUAUCAUUUGUAUACAAUUUAAAAUAUGUGAGUGGUAAAAAAAUAUGUGUCGCCUGUAUUGUCAACGGUAGAAACAUCAACUUUUGAUAUUGAAACUCCCAGUACUGGAAAGAAAAAUGUCGAGGUGGCGGUUCCGGUGGUGUACCCAGGUGAGGAGCCGACGUUGAAGCCGGUGCAUUCUACGGAGCUGAUGACGGGAGCCAUCAGUUUCGUAGAAACGGACACCAAUGCGCCGGUCGAUACUUCAACUUUUGAUAUUGUAACUCCCAGUACUGGGAAGAAAAAUGUCGAGGUGGCGGUUCCGGUGGUGUACCCAGGUGAGGAGCCGACGUUGAAACCGGCGCAUUCUACGGAGCUGAUGACGGAAGCCAUCAGUUUCGUAGAAACGGACACCAAUGCGCCGGUCGAUACUCCAACUUGUGAAAUUGAAAUUCCCGGUCCCGAGACGGACGAUAUUGAGGUGGCGAGGCCGGUGGUGUGCCCCGCGGAAGAAGAGACGUUGUCGCCGGCGCAUUCCACGGAGCUGAUGACGACGGAAGUCAUCAGUUUCGUGGAAGCGGACACCAAUGCGUCGGUCGAUACUCAAACUUGUGAAAUUGAAAUUCCCGGUCCCGAGACGGACGAUAUUGAGAUGGCGAGGCCGGUAGUGUGCCCCGCGGAAGUAGAGACGUUGUCGCCGGCGCAUUCCACGGAGCUGAUGACUUCCGUCGUCAUCCGUUUCGUGGAAGCGGACACCAAUGCGCCGGUUGAAACUUCGACUUGUGUUAUUGAAACACUCGGUCCCUGCAAUAUGGAAAAUGUUGAGGUUGCUGCGCCGCCCGCGGUAGUGAGCCUCACGGAAGUACAGACAUUGUCGCAAACAUCUAUAAUUGACACGGACAAGACUACGGCUCCAUCGCAAAAGAAAAAGAAUCGAUUCUUGUCGGCCCUGCGGAGAGGUCUCCGCAGGGUCUUCAAGACCAUCUGCGGUUGCGGGUGCAGUGUGGCGUCGUCGGAUCACCCAGGGGGGGAAGAUUACAGAGACGAAUUCACACACGAAAUCGAAACAUUUAACGAGAGAUGGUCUGUUUAAGGAAAACUUAACUUUAACUCUUAUAUUCAUCGAUACUGUUACCGGCCAAGUUAGAUAUUAAACAGAUUCAGCUAAAUAUGGCGGUGGAACGGAUUUCCGUUACACCCUGCGGCGCGGUCUACGCUGCGACCGGUUGCGAGACGUGCUUGCGACCGGCCGCAGCGUUUCCGGGCCAAUCGGUGUGCGGCAUCGGCGGCCGGCAGUUCGAACUCGACCGGCGGGGCACCAGGGCGAAAACGACACAUCGGACACACGAACCAGUGCGGUGGUUCGCCCCGAGUUUUCGCCUCGGAAUCCCGUCGGCCGAGCACGGGCGGCCGGCCGCCAUCCGUUCCUGCCAGUCCACACUUUUGCAACUGCGCUUGCAAUUCAAUUUUUUUUUCAUAAUAUUAGUUUUUUAAGUAUUUUCGUUCGUUUAUUGAAAAAUUAAAAUUAUCUUUGUUAUACCAUUUAAUAAUACAAAUAAAAAUGUUUGUGUACACAAAAUAAA